GUUCCUCUGAGUAAGACUUUGGAGUCUACUAAAAUAGCAAUAUAUACUGGGUUCCGCCAUAUUGAUUCUGCUUAUGUGUACCAAAAUGAAAAGGAGAUAGGACAGGCUAUUCGAAGCAAGAUUGCAGAUGGUGUUGUGAGGAGAGAAGACAUAUUUCUUACUACAAAGCUUUGGUGUACAUUCCACCAACCAGAAUUGGUUGACAUUGGCUUAGAGAGAUCACUGAAAAACCUUCAACUAGAUUAUGUUGGCCUCUUUCUUAUUCAUUACCCAAUGUCAAUUAAGCCAUCAGAGGCAAUACUUACAAAAGAUGGAAAUGGAAAAAUAUUCUUUGAGACAGUAGAUCUCUGUGCUACAUGGGAGGUGAGUACAUAAAGGUGAGACCCCAGAGGAACCCAAAAGGGAGUGCCAGGCCAUUCUUUCACUUUCGAGGAUGGAGUAUGCACCCUUGAGUCUAGAAAGCAUGCUGGGUUCGCAGGUGUUUUCCUGAAGUACUGGGACAGAAUGGACGACUGA